AAUGGAAGCAUCGUGCCUGGAGCUGGCCCUGGAAGGAGAGCGUCUGUGUAAGGCAGGGGACUUCAAAGCUGGGGCAGCCUUCUUCGAAGCAGCGGUGCAGGUGGGGACAGAGGACCUGAAGACUCUCAGUGCCAUCUACAGUCAGCUGGGCAAUGCCUAUUUCUACCUAAAGGAGUACUCCAAGGCCCUGGAGUACCAUAAGCAUGACCUCACACUGGCCAGGACCAUUGGGGACCGCAUAGGAGAAGCCAAGGCAAGCGGCAACCUUGGGAAUACCUUGAAAAUACUUGGGCAGUUUGACGAAGCUGUCGUUUGUUGCCAGAGGCACCUGGACAUUUCUCAGGAGCAAGGAGACAAGAUUGGUGAAGCCAGAGCACUCUAUAACAUAGGAAAUGUUUACCAUGCCAAGGGAAAGCACUUGUCUUGGAACGUGGCCCAAGACCCGGGCUACCUGCCUCAAGAAGUCAAGGAGACGCUACAGAAAGCUUCAGAAUACUAUGAGAGGAACCUGUCCCUGGUGAAGGAGCUGGGGGACAGAGCUGCACAGGGCCGUGCUUAUGGCAACCUUGGUAACACGCAGUACCUGCUGGGCAACUUCAGCGAAGCCAUUGCCUUCCACAAGGAGCGCCUGGCUAUUGCUAAGGAGUUUGGGGACAAAGCAGCCGAGAGGAGAGCAUACAGCAACCUGGGCAAUGCACACAUCUUCCUUGGGAGAUUUGACAUCUCUGCUGAAUACUACAAGAAGACACUCCAACUCUCCAGACAACUCAAAGACCAAGCAGUAGAAGCUCAGGCUUGCUACAGUCUUGGAAACACGUACACACUGCUUCAAGACUAUGAGAAAGCAAUUGAAUACCAUCUAAAACACCUGGUGAUAGCUCAGGAGCUGGGAGACAGGGUUGGAGAGGGAAGGGCCUGCUGGAGUCUCGGAAAUGCCUACGUUUCCCUGGGGAGCCAUGAACAAGCUUUGCACUUUGCAAGGAAGCAUCUUGAAAUCUCCCAAGAGAUUGGGGACCGGACUGGAGAGCUGACGGCACAGGUGAACGUGGCCCAGCUCAGGGCAGCCCUCGGCUUGGGCCCUGGUGAUGAGGAUGUGGGCAUGGCUUGUCCUUACUCUGGCUAUGAGGCACAAGGAGCCAGGCCCAAGAGAGUCCAAGGAAAUAGCAUGGACAGCUUGGACCUCCUGAAGUUCCCUUCUGAAAAGGACCAGAAUGGGGACAGCCAUCACGUGGGAGACCUGAAGAUCUCGGGAAAAGAGUUCUUGUCUUUACCUGUGAGGUCAAAGAAAUACCGGGAGCACCAACUGGGUUUGGAUAGAAGGCCCCAAGGGCCGUGCACAUCACCCCUGGAUAGCAGCCAAGUCCGAGUGCAAGUGCCACAGUCGAAGAUCAACCGAACCCCUUCGGAUGAGGAAUGCUUCUUUGACCUGCUGAGCAAGUUCCAGAGCAACCGGAUGGACGAUCAGCGCUGCCCGCUGGAGGAAUGCCCGUCGGAGGCUGCGGAGGCAGCAGCCACACCAGUCCCAGCCCUGGAAGAACGGAUUCGUAAGCAUGGAGCACACUCCUCCCUGAUGGCAUCCCCACAGACAGAGGAGUUCUUCGAUCUCAUUGCCAGCUCGCAGAGCAGACGGCUGGAUGACCAGCGUGCCAAUGUGGGCAACCUGCCAGGCCUCCGGAUAACACACAACAACUUGGGGCACCUGUGCAUGGAGGGGGAUGCCCAGGAGCCAGGGGAUGAGUUCUUCAACAUGCUGAUGAAGUGUCAGUCCUCCAGGAUAGACGACCAGCGCUGUGCACCACCAGAUUCCAUCCCCCGUGGUCCCACCAUGCCAGAUGAGGAUUUCUUCAGCCUCAUCCAGCGGGUCCAGGCCAAACGCAUGGAUGAGCAGAGGGUAGAUCUGGCCUCAGCACAAGAGGAGGCAGAAGAGGAGCAGCAAAGGCCUGGUUCCAGCUAAGAACUGGGGUUAAGUCUGGGGAGUUUGUUUUGGUUUUGUUUGUUUUUGAUUUUCUUUUCUUUUCAAAAAGAACUUUAAGUGUAGGUGGUUUCAAACCAGAGUGCUCCUGCACCGCCAGACUUCUUCCAGGAUCUGCACCUCAACUGCACUGCACUUGUUCACAGGAGGGGACUGUUUUUAAACAAGGGUUUUUUAGGAGAUGCAGCUUCUGUAACAAUGGGCACAGCUCAAGGGAAGAAGACCUUGGCAGCCCCUCUGCUUGUCACCUAAAACUCCAGGAACUCACACUGGCAGCUGAAGGAGGAGCCCAGAGCAGGUAGUUAAAUGCAGCCUCGAUCUUCUUUAUUUCUAAAAUACUUUUAAUAGGGGAAAGGAAGAGCACCUUUUUCAUUUUGCAGUCACGUCUGUGUCAUGACACAAGUUGUUCUGGAUCCUUCCCUGGAAACAUCUUCAUCAGUUUUGUUCUUUCUACGGAAGGAAAUGAGCCCAAAUCAGAAGCUGCACAGGACCUUCUAAAGCUCACCCCACCCCUGGCUGCAGCUAUGGUCCCCCACCCUUUGAAGUUUGUUCUGGGGUUGCAAUGAACUCUGCAGUGAGAGCUGUAUGCUGUCCCCUCUGCUUCCUCAGCUGCUCCUGUACGGAGUUGUGCCAGAAACUCCAAAGCAGGAGCUGGGGCUCUCCCACUUUUACCUUCAGUGGGAUCUGGAGACCUCCAGAGAACAAGCAUGGGACAAAGCCUGAAAGGUAAGUGCCAGGUAUGCAGCCUGCAUUGCAGCCACAUGACAAAAGAUGGUACCUUGGAAAGAAGGAAGAAAGAAGGUCUUCUGCCCAUCUAUUCAGCACAGAAAUCAAACUUAGCUGAACUCAUUGUUUCUGGUGCAGCUGAGCCAGAAGCCUCACAAGGGAAUGUCCAGUUGCCUAAGGCAGAAACCUGCAUCUGGCACUGACCUGCUUUGUAAGCCAGCAACGUUUUCUGGCCGUGGCUUGUCAGGAGAGCAAGCAGAACUAUCCCCUGCAGCUGGCAGUGGAGGACAAUAGCACUCCCCUCCCCUUGUUUCUUCUGAAAGAAACCAGUGCUGUGCUGCUCCAUGCCCCAGCAGACCUGCUCUCAGCAAGGCAGCCCUUAUUCUGCACACAGUCUGGUCCCACACUAGCAAGAAAUGGAGCCUUGGUGACAGCUCCAGGUUGGAAUUGUUACUGGGAAGUCAGUUUCACCCUGUAUGCAAAUGCAAGGGUCCACAUUUACUGUCAUCCCUUUUGGUAAAGUUGGAAAUGCAAGCCCAGAGAGGAGGGCAGCAGAGACUGAACUUCAGGAGGUGGAAUGCUUGACCAGAGAGGCUAUCCUGGACUUGAGAAACUCCAGUAAUGAGUUCUGCCAAAGCAGAUGUUUCCUAUAGGGAACAAAUCAGCACUUUCUAAUCAAAACGCAUUUGACAGAGACAUUUCCUACCAGCAGUAAGAUUUUCAGACCAGUGAUGCUGCUCACCAGGCAUUUAACCUGCCUAUACUGACCACGGGAGGGGGGUAGCUGCAUUUCAGCUGCUACCAGGGAGCACUCACCUGCUGCCCAGAGUCCUGGGCUGAGCCUCUGCCUCCUUCCUGCGCCAGGUCAGAUAGCUGGAGAUCAGGCAGGAGAAUGUGCACAGCCACGUAUGUACCCACCUAGCUUGUAUCUGUAAAGAGGACAACACUGGAGAUGAGGAUGACUUGACCAGCUCCAGGCUUGGCCCUGUGCAGCUCUCAGCCAGGUGGUGAACUGGAAUCUGACCAUUAAGCUUUCAGAGGUGUUAAUUAUUUGCCAUAUACUUGAAUGUAUGAGCUUAUUUAUUUUUACAUGUGCAUUUGCUAAUGUCAUUUUAAUGGGGGAUUUCCAACCCAUAGGUACUUUUUUCUAAAAAAGAAUAAUCUGCCAAAUGAAUUAAUAUAUUAGAAGCAAAUACAGCUCAAGGGAAAGGGAGGGUUGUGCUUAAUAAUAAAUAUUUGUGUCUAAGCUUCA